AUGCCUGGAUGUGCUGUGGCAGGUUGCCGUAAUUUAAGCAAAAAUACUAAAGGAACCCAAAUUAAAUAUUUUUCCUUUCCUAAAAGCGACAUUGCCAAAGAAUGGGUUGUAGCGUGUAGACGAAAAGAUAAGAUAAAUUUAAAAAGUGCAUGUGUGUGCUCUAUUCAUUUUGAAGCUGACUCAUUUCAAAUUCCUCUAAAGCAAAAAUUAUUAAACUACACUCCCAAAAAUGCUCGCAAUUUAAAGCAGGAUGCACGUCCAACACUAAACCUUCCUGGAAAAAAACUGGCCGUUACACCUGGCGAAAGAUCAGAGCGACUGCAUAAGAGGAAACAAAAGGCAGAAAAUAAAGACAUUGUAGACUCUAUUUUGAGCCAGCCAUCAUCUUCAAAAUGCCAGGCUUUAGAAGAACCCACUUAUGUUGCAAACACUGUUAAUGUAGCGAUGGAGUUUCAAGAAAACAUGUAA